AUGGCUACGCCAGCAUUUGGCGCCCAAGCCUCCGCUGUUGCAGAGCCCAAUAAUGCCGCUUUAUACGAUGCUCGAAGACGGCAGCAAGUCACGGGCUCCCAGAUUCUCGAUAACAUUGUCUCCUUCUCGAAUUUCGAUCGCGAGGAGGUGGACAGACUGCGAAAACGAUUCAUGAAGUUGGACAAGGACAAUAGCGGCACAAUUGAACGCGAAGAGUUCCUAUCAUUACCUCAAGUAUCCUCCAACCCUUUAGCGACGAGAAUGAUUGCUAUCUUCGACGAAGACGGUGGCGGCGAUGUUGACUUUCAAGAAUUCGUGCUGGGCCUUUCCGCCUUCUCCUCCAAGGGCAACAAAGAAGAAAAACUGAAAUUCGCCUUUAAGGUCUACGACAUUGAUCGCGACGGGUACAUUUCCAACGGAGAGUUGUUCAUUGUGCUCAAGAUGAUGGUGGGCUCGAACCUGAAGGACCAACAGCUGCAGCAGAUUGUGGACAAGACCAUCAUGGAGGCGGAUAAAGAUGGCGACGGAAAAAUUAGCUUCUCCGAAUUCACGCAAAUGGUCGAGAACACGGAUGUUAGCAUGAGCAUGACGCUUGAUCAAUUCUGA